CUCUGGCUUAUCCAGUGCCAACCCCCAGCCGCCCAGCUCCCCCUGGGCCCGCCAGUACAGCUGCGAGUCUUUUGUGUGUUUCUUCUGCAGGCAGGAGCAGCGCAGGCAAGGCCGGCUGUGCGCGGUCACCGUGGCCAGGCUGCCUGUGUUUUUGUACGCACCUCGCAGCACGCGCACGCUCCUGGUGGACGACGGCAGGAGGCUGGUGAUCGGCUCAUGUGUGGAAUGUAAGGCGAUGGUGCAGGUGGGACAGAGCAUGCAGCAGGACAGGGCAAGGCUGGGACCCGGAGCAUCAGACGGGGACAGGAAAGACCAGGAAUCAGCCUCGCCACAGUCUAGACAUAAGGCUGUGAUUGAGGGUGCAGCUGGAACCAGUAAGGAGGCCGACUCGGGUUCGGGGCCCUCACAACCUGCAGGCGACCACACGCCUUCUCGCCCAGUGACUCUGGAGUCAGAGAGAGCUGACCGGCCACUUUCCAGCAUGAGCCAUGAGCCAAAGUCACCAUCGUUAGGAAUGAUCUCCACGGCGACCCGUACCACGGCGACGGUCAGCCCCCUCACUCCGUCGCCUCUCAACGGCUCCAUCGUAGCCAAUGGAAGCCCAGCUGCCCAGUCAGCUCACUCUGGAUUUGCUGCUGCCCUCCGUAAGCUGGCAAAACAGGCGGAAGAACCUCGAGCUGCGUCCUCCAUCAGCAGCGAGUCAUCUCCCGUGUCCUCCCCGGCCACCAACCACAGCUCUCCAGUCAGUACACCCAAGAGGGGUCCCCUCGGUCCAGGACCCGUCCUGGUUCCCCCAGCGGGCCACAGUGUGCCAAACACUCCACCUGUAGUCACCAUUGCUCCAACAAAGACUAGCAACGGCCUGUGGAGGACCGAAGGACGCCAGGCUGACUCGGGGCCUCGUGGGGCCAGCAGGGAACGUCUGGGUGCAGAGGGGACCCUGUCCCAGGAAAAGGGUGGCCCCUCCGUCCCCGCUCACCUCCUGGGAAACCCCUAUGCCUUUGGUCUCACCCCCGGUGCUGUCAUGCAGGAUUCACGUUUUCAGCCCCUUAACCUGCCCAGACAGUUGCCUAAUGCGGUGCCCCCUGGUCCAGUACCAGAGGAGUACCUGCGGGGUUUCCGGCCCUAUGCCACAACUGAGGACGCCCUACGGAUGCCCUCUUUGCCCUUGGGCCUGGACCCAGCGACGGCAGCUGCUGCAGCUGCCUACUACCAUCCCAGCUACCUGCCUCACCCCUCCUUCACGCCAUACAGGAUGGAUGACCCGUUCUGCCUCUCUGCUUUGAGGUCGCCUUUCUAUCCGCUGCCAACAGGGGGAGCUUUACCCCCCAUCCAUCCCUCUGCUGUUCACAUGCACCUUCCAGGGGUCCGUUACCCUGGAGACUUCACACAUCCUUCACUGUCAGCACUGCAGUCUGAGAGGCUUCAGCUGGAGGAUGAGCUGCGGCAGCGAGAGCGGGAGCGCGAACGAGAACGCGAGCGCGAAAAGGAGAGGGAGCGCGAGGCGGAGAGGGAGAAGGAGCGGGAGAGGGAACGGGAGAGGGAGAGGGAACGGGAGAAGGAGCUGGAGAGGGAGAGGGAGCGCGAGAGAGAACGGGAGAGGGAGAGAGAACGGGAGAAGGAGAGAGAGAGAGAGAAGGAGCUGGAGAGACAGAAGGAGAGGGCACUGAGGGAGAAGGAGCUGCAGGCGUCCAAGGCCAUGGAGAACCACUACCUGGCCGAGCUCCAUGCAAUGAGAGGACAGGAGGAACGAACCAAGCCUGAGAGACUAACCCCUAAUCGGGCUGACAAAACCAAAGAGCCCGCACUUCCAGCUCCCAAACCAGUCCCGCCAGGAAUGCACUCUUCAGUGGUCCAAUCACAUCAUCCCGUCCCUGGUCUAAUACCAGGCCACGGCCUCUACAUGGGGCCCAGCGCUGUAGGGCCAGGGCUCUCGGCCUCAAUGAUCACUCAGAGGACCAAUGAGGAGGAGAGGUGGUUGGCGCGGCAACGCAAGUUGCGCCAAGAGAAAGAGGAUCGUCAGUACCAGGUGUCUGAAUUCCGCCAGCAGGUUCUGGAGCAGCACCUGGACUUGGGCCGACCAGCCGACACGCCUGAUCACAGGACAGACUCACACAGAUCCAUACCAAAUCACCAUGAACCAGGAAGCCGGGAACUCCACCCUCACUUAGGUGCCCCUCCGCCCCUCAUCUCCCCGAAACCUCCACAGCCACCACGUGACCACCACCCUCCGCCUCCCACCACCUUGUGGAACCCUGCAUCUCUUAUAGAGACAGCCUCAGAGUCCAGACGCAACCACGAGCCCUCAGGGAUGGGACACUAUGAGCUCAGUCGGCUGCCCCCGGGGCCCUCCAAAUAUGAGGAUGUACCCCGAAGGAGAGACGGGGGAGCGAUGGACAAAUAUCCCCCUCUGAGAGGUCCUCCAGUUCUGCCUGAGCCCAGCACAUUCCUUGCUGAUCUUGAGAAAUCCACCCAGACCUUCUUAAGCCAGCAGAGGGCAUCACUGUCUCUGUCCAGCCAGUAUGAGCUGGAGGGAGCCAUAAAAAGCAAUGCUGGACUAAAAAGCCUUCAGGGACACCCGGGGCACAGUCGACACGGACAAGGGUUAGGGAUGGUUCCUGUGCCAGGGAUGGGGCAGGUAACCACGCUGGGGAUGGGUCCGGACACGAUGCUCAUCUAUGACGAGUUCCUUCAGCAGCACCGGAGGCCCGUCAGCAAGCUGGACCUGGAAGAGAAGAGGAGACGGGAGGCCCGGGAGAAAGGUUACUACUAUGAGCUGGAUGACUCAUACGAUGAGAGUGAUGAGGAGGAGGUGAGAGCCCAUCUCAGGAGAGUAGCAGAGCAGCCCCCACUCAAGCUGGAUGACUCCACAGAGAAAUUGGACUUUCUUGGAGUGUUUGGACUGACCACGGUGGGCCGGCGGGAUGAGCUGGUGCAUCAGAAGAGAAGGAAGAGGAGGAGGAUGCUCAGGGAGCGCAGUCCCUCGCCGGCCGCCUCGCAAUCCAAACGCACUCCCCCUCCUCCUCAGCUCAGCACACGCUUCACCCCCGAGGAGAUGGACCGAGCCCCAGAGCUGGAGGAUAAGAAGCGAUUCCUCACCAUGUUUAGACUGUCCCACGUCACAAUACAGCAGAGGAGAGAUAAUGAAAGGGUGGUGGAGCUGCUUCAGGCCAUCAAAGAAAAGAGUGUAACCUUGGAUACCAUCAGACACGCACCUCAUCCGCUGUGUAAGAGCCCUCCAGCACACAUCUCCGAUCCAGCAUUUGCCCAGCCUCCCUCUGAAUCAGAAGACCACCACAAUGUCAGACCACACAGCCCCCCCUCACAUUGCCCAGCGUCCCCCAAUGGACACCCAAAACCCCUUGGAGACACAUUAAGACCAAAGGCACCCCCUUCUCCAGCUGUCUACCCAGACAAGGCCCGGGGGCCCAGUGAGGGACCGAUCUCAAAGAGGAGCUCCAGCCUGCUAAACAGCUUGCGGCUCCCGCUCCCCCUGCAGGCUAAAGAGGGUCUUCACAGCGUCAACGGACGCACAAAACCCUGGGACAGCUUCACCCCGGAGGAAUUUGCCCAGCAGUUCCACGAAUCUGUGCUUCAGUCCACUCAGAAGGCUCUGCAGAAACACAAAGGUGGCGCCACAGGGGCGUCGGAGUCGUCCCACCUCCAGGAGUCCUCUGUUCACUACAACAUUCCAGAGCUUCAGAGCGCUCCUGGCCGACCACCGCAGCCUCAUUCGCAGUCUCACUCAAAUGCCCAGUCGUUUCCCCAUCCAAUUUCACACUCCCACCCUCAGCCCAACGGGCAGCACUUCUCCGUGCCCUCACACAGGGAGGCCUCAGGGAUGAGGGAGGACCUGUCCGGUCCGGACGACUCUGAGGAGGAAGAGGAGGACGAGGAAGAGGAGGCUCCCGUUUCCAAGUGGCAGGGGAUUGAAUCUAUAUUUGAAGCUUAUCAGGAAUAUGUUGAAGAGCAAAGUUUGGAACGACAAGUAUUGCAGAGCCAGUGUCGAAGACUAGAAGCUCAGAACUACAACCUCAGUCUGACUGCUGAGCAGCUGUCUCAUAGCAUGGGGGAGCUGAUGUCCCAGAGACAGAAGCUGGCAGUGGAAAGGGAGAAGCUACAAGCAGAGCUGGAGCACUUCAGGAAGUGUCUGACGCUGCCACAGACGCACUGGCCGAGAGGCGGCCAUUACAAAGGCUACCCUCCAAGGUGACCCUGACACGCCGAUCCGAUGGGCCCCCCGGGCCCCCAGCCACCUCCCCUUUCAGACUGACACCCAGAGUUUAUUUUUCAUGGCCUGGUCCUCAUGGCUCCAUGGCGGAGAAUAUGGCUGGCUAGAUAAGAUGAGUGAAUGAAUGAAUGGAGUGAGUGAAUGCAUAGAUAGGUGAAUGCACAGGAGACAGGACCAUUCAGUGAAGGACCGGCAGUCUUUGGAUUGUGGCUAGCCAGGGACUGCACCACAAGCCACUACCGUGUGCCAAUGUAGCCAACCCCGAGAUCAGCGAGCGUACGGGGCAGGAGAAGCUGAAGAUCAACACACCAACACACACACAGGCACCUGCUUUUCACAUUCUUCAGUCCCUGCUGCUCUAUUGUUCGGUCCCUGCAUCCCUCGCCGCCACAGCUACACAGACAAUCCUGCCAAUGAGGGGGCAGCUACCCCUGGAGGGGUGUCGUCACAAGACUUGAAAGCUCCAAAUCUCCAAACGAAGGCUUCUGGUCAGUUGGGACUGAUUUUAGAACAGCGGCCACGUGAGCUUUUGAACUGGAAAUGCACUUAUGAAUAGAAGCUGAAGAACUACCUGGUGGUACUGUGUUACAACAAAGAACUGUUCAAAUUAGGGAAGAACUUAGAAAAUGCACAUUUUUGGAAAGAAUUAAGGAAAUGUUUUAUUUCGAAAUAGAAAAUUUGAAAAUAAGAAUUUUAAAAGGUGCUUCAGCCUUGUAUUGUAUAUAAUAUGAAGACUUAAAAGAAUUUUGUAUGUUUUUAUUACUUUAAUCAUUGUUCUUUUAAAAGAAAAAGCCUGCCAUUUUUAUAUGUUUAUGCUUUUUUUUUUUCUUUUGUUUUUUUUUUUGGGUUGGAAAAGAAAGCCUUGCUUUUAGUGUUUGUACUGCUGCUGGCCAGAACAGCUUGUUUUGAGACAUUUAACAGAGUGAGAGAAAGCAGGAUGCACUCCUCCUCCUCUUCUUGUUCUGUCCUGCCUGGCACUGCGCAGCUGAGACCCAGCCACAGCCGCCUCAUCCGGCCUCUGAGCUCAGCAAAGCUUCCUCAGAGGUCCGGAGACAUGGCUCCUGCCCUCUCAUCCCCCUCCUCCCUCCUUCAUUCACAGCAACAUGUCUCCUUUUUAAACUCCCAUUUCAGCAACUCCUCUGGUCAGCUUCACUUCUUCUGGCAUGACUAGUUAGCUUGUGAUAUCCUCAUGCAGAAACCAGAUCCACAGUGACAUAUAUAUAUUUUUUUUUUCUUACUCGACUUACUUGAUGAUUUUGUUAAGACAUGAAGAAACUGGUUCUUGAUGCUUUAUCCUACCAUUGGACCUUCACUUUACUUUGUAUGACCGUAUAACAGCAUUGGACUCCAAACAAUCCGACGGUUUGCAUAAUGUUACGCCUUACAAGAUCAAGCCCUUAUCAGCAGCCAUUAGUGGACGUAGUGCCAAAAGAAUUUAAAAAAAAAAAAAAAAAAAAGGUAGCAUUUUGGAUUCUUAAUUUUGAUUAGAGUUGCAGUUCAGACCAGAACAGCCAUCUUCCACUGCUCCUGUGGCCCCGUUCAUCUCCUUCCUGCAUUUCUUCCACAUUGAGGACCACCACUAUCCAAAGUUGCCAACAUGUUCAAAGUGACUGGAAAUCGGAUAAAGAUUCAAACUGGGCAUUUCUGGAUACAUAAAAAAAGAAGGUUUGCUUUACCCUGCAUACCUGUUUACAACCUCUGUCUACCCUCAUCAGCUCUAUUCUGAGAUUCGGCUCUUAUUACACCAACUUUCUCCCCCUGCAGCUCAGCCUUAUGGUUGGAGACCCUGGUGGGAUGUUUGACGUGACAGGGGGGAAGGAUUUCGGUGUUUCAAAAUUUAAAAAAAAAUAAAUAAAAGAGAGACUGAAGCACAACUAUCCCAUACAUACACUAUAUUACUUACAAGUGCCUCAAGAAUUUGGGGGCAUGUGAAUGAGUUGCAGUCCACACGACGGACCUUCUACACCCAACAUCAGCGAUCAGGGACUUUACAUUUUACAUUCAAGUGUCUACUGUGUGUCUAACGCCUUUCCAACACGUGCAAGUCAAGAAAUUCGUCGAUCUAAACGCAUCUCCGAGAAUCAGCUUAAUCAGAAUGUUAAACUAGGCCUAAGCCAGAUCAGAGGAACAGAGUGUAGUCUGUCUUUUUUUUUUUUUUUUUUUUUUAAACAGAGCAGAGGAGAGCCAACAGAGCAGCCUAUCGGUAAAUGAGGAAGCAUGCAUGCUGAGGUAAGCUGCCAAUGAGCUGGGGAGGAAGGUGCAGUACGGUGAGCCUCUUACUCAGCCUCCCUGUGUCUCCAACCCACGCACGCCCAUGCAAUAGCCCCAUUACUCAGUGGAGGAUGUCUAGAUGCUGUGAAAUCCUGUUUUUAAAAAAUGUACUUGUUUGAAUUCAUUGUAAUGUAAUAUAUUCUUUGUUGAAUGUAGUAAUUAGGUAUUUAUGAAUAUAUGGCUGUGAUUUCAGACAAAAAAGAAAAUAAAAUAUUUCAAAAAUGUUAAAUA